UAUUUGAUUCAAGUAAUCCAUUUAAAGUGGUUAAAGAUAAAAUUUUAUAGCAUGUUACUAUUGUGCAAACGUGUUUAACCACAAUGCUCCGUUAUGAUUAUUUUUAUAGUUAUACCAUGUCUACUGGCUUAUAUAAGUCUUGUGACGGCACACAGUGAAACCAUAAAGAAUGAAGAAGAAUGUAAAAUAGCAGACUUAUGCGUCCACGAUAAAGUACCAAUGUGUGGAAUAGACUCAUGCGGGGAGAUGAGAACGUUCAUAGACACUUGUGACAUGCAUGAGUUUAACUGUGACAGCAAAAAAGAUUUCAAACAGAGGCCAAUUCACGAAUGUUGGGUAACGUGUAAAAGGGGACGAUCCUUCAAGAAGCCAGAAUAUAGAACCGACUGUAACUUGAAUAUAAAAUCAAAAUAUAAAUAAAUUGUUAAACCGA